AUGUCGAGCCAGUCCGCGAACAUGACCUUGGGGAGCACGGGCGUGUGCGGCCGGAUCGAGGCUACAACGCCGGGGACUGUGAGGUUGCUCGAAUCGUCGGCCAUCGGCGACGACUCCAGCGGCCCUGACGAGCCGGAGAUGGACGGUUGGUUAACGGUGUUGCGUUCGCGGGUGCUGUCGCUGGGCGGCGUGCUCCGGGGCGCGUCCGAGCCGGCGGACUUGGCUGGUGACCGCUCGCCCUCGACGCGCUUCUUCAGAGUUGUGAUGUGUGCUUGGGAUGCUUACUUGUUGCCGAGUGUGGCAUGGAGGCUCAUGACGGUCUCUUCUUCCUCCCGGGAGAACAUGCCGUGCUUCAGCCCCGGCCUCAGGUAG